CAGGUGAACUACGCAAUUCAACAUAAGAUACAACUGCAGACAGACAGCACGCGUGAGCUGAGCGCGGGAUUUGUUGUAGGCUCGGAGCUGCUCGCUCGGAGCCUGACAAAGCUGGCGAGGAGCUCCAACGACAUACCUUCGAGUACCAAUUCUCAUACAUUUCUGGAGGAGCGCGAGCGAAGCCUCCGCAUUUAGCGUGCAAAUGUUGUUUCUCAUUACUGGCCCUGACGCGACUUCGGAUGCCAGCAUGCAUGCCCAAGAUGAAGUUUCGGGGGCAGUCCAAAGUCAGGACACGACGCAGCUGCGUUUGGCAGCACUCUUCAUCAUUUUAAUAGCGGGACUAUGCGGCGCGCUGCCGCCGCUGUUCAUGAAGGCGUUCCGCAACCACGACGGCCUGGCCUCUCAGCUAUCUCGCUCGCUGGCGGCCGGAGUCAUCCUGGCGCUGGCGCUGGUGCACAUCAUACCAGAGGCCAUUGAGGACAUGUCAGGGCUUGGUGGGAUGACCUACCCGCUGGGCGGGCUGUGCGUGCUGGGCGGCGUGGCGCUGAUGCUACUGCUGGAGCACCUGUCACAGAUCCUGCACAACAGCCAGGCGGCUGUAGCAGCAGCCGCAGGCACAGGCGGCUGCGGCCACAGCCACGGCAGUAGCAGCCGCGGCCGCGACAGCGGCUUGGUGAACGACCACCGGCGGCGGGCGGGCACGGCGUCGGCGCGGCGGAGCAGUGGAACUUCGUCCACCGCGGACGGCUGCAGCAGCCACUCCGUCCCGCUGCUGGCUGGAAUGGAGGGCGAGGCCGGCGACGAAGAGGGGCACCAUUACCACCACCAGCAGCAGCAGCACAACCAGCACAACCACCAUGAGCACUGCCACGCGCAUGAUGUGGAGGCACCUCUCACGCCCGAGGUGCCCCGGGCUGGUGCCUCGGCUGGCCCGUGCGAUGCACUAGGGGCCAUCUCGCCCACACACCAUGGCCACCACCCGCACGAGCAUGCGCACGACAAACAGCACACGCAGCAGGACGUGGUGGUGGUUGUGGCAGACCAGCAGCAGCAGGGGCAGCAGCAGCAGCAGCAGGAGCGGCAGGGGGAGGCGUCGAGCGAGGCGGGGGCUUGGCUCAGGCCGGUGCAUUCGCACUUGGCGUCCAUGCCGGUGGACAUUGAUCUGGACGCCGAGGCCAGCAGCGGCAGCGACAAUGACGGCGGGCCGGGUGCCGCUGCCGUGGCUGCAGCAGCCAACGGGCAUAGCCAUGGCCAUAGCCACAGUCAACACCAGCCGCCAGGCGGGUGCAACGGCAGCAGCAGCGGCGGGGCCAAGAGCCAUGACCGGGAAACCACACACCGCCAUGACAAUGACAAUGACCAUGACCAUGGCCAUAGCCACAGCCACCUUGCUGGCGACCCCAAGCACCAGGGCCACGGGGCACACGCCCACGCCAAGCACACGCUACCGCCGCACCACCCGGGCGCACACGGCCACACAGCAGAGCAGCAGCACAAGCCGCAUGCGCAGCAGCACCCGGCAUCGUAUGAGCAGCUUCCGCCGCAGCACCAGCACACGUGCGUCACCUACGGUAAUGCGCCCAGCCUGCUCACCAUCGCGGUUGGCAACGGCGGCGAAGCGGCGGUGGGCGGUGAUGCGGCGGCGGCGGGCGGUCUGGGAGGCGGGAGCUUGAGGCUGCGGCUGCUCGCCUACAUGUUCGAGCUGGGCUGCGUGUUCCACAGCCUGAUUAUUGGCGUGGCGGUCGGUGUGAUCACAGAGGACGUGGCGCAGGUGCGGGCGCUGCUCAUCGCGCUCAGCUUCCACCAGUGGCUCGAGGGCCUGGGCUUGGGCAGUGUCAUUGCGCGUGGCGGCUUCAGCACCCUCAAGGCCGCGGCAAUGGCUGGCUUCUACAGCCUCACCUGCCCCGCUGGAGUGGCGGCCGGCAUGGCGCUAGCCCGCCUGUACGACCCGGAGUCAGAGGUGGCGCGCGGCGUGCAGGGCACCCUUGACGGCGUGUCGGGCGGCAUGCUGCUGUACAUCAGCCUGGUGCAGCUGGUGGCGGAGGACAUGGGCAGGUUCGUGCCGGCCGGUGGAGAAGGCGGCGCGGGCGCGGGGCGGCGGCUGAUGAGCUUUGCGGCGCUGUGCGGCGGCGCGGGUGCGAUGUGCCUGUUGGCGGUGUGGACGUGAGGUGGCGUGAGCUGCCGCGUGGAAAGUAGGUUUUGAUGUCGGAGGAACAGGUCUGGGUUGCGUAAUCGAUAAGGAAAGCCCAAAUUGACCGUGGGGUGCCGGAGGCCGUGGAAUGGUGUGGGUAGGUUGCCGUGAGGCGGGGGAGAGUGUACGGAGGACGUGUGCGAUAUCGUAUCGUGCAGGCAGGUUGGCCGAGACUGUUCAUACGAUUUAAGUGUGUUUUGCGCUGUUCAUGCAUGUCGUGCUGUCUGACGCUAGCAUGAACGUUAGCGGUGGCGGUUUGGUUUGGCUUGAAUUCUUUUGCUGCCUUCCCAGCAGCAAUUUGCGUACAUGAGAUGGCAUUUGGACGGGCUCCCAUGUUUGGUGGCGCUGUGUAGCGGUUGUCGCCCGACUGAGGUGUACGCGCCGUGAUGGCGGAGGACGUUGAUGCGCAGGAAGCCGUAUUCACCGGGCUGCAAGGCAUCAGAGCAUCGCUUGGAGAUGGGAACGAUUCGUCCGUACAAGGACAACCGAAUCAUUUAGAACUUAUUACAAGGGGUAGGUUGGAAGGAUGGUAGAUUGACACGCGCAGGAAGAGCGUACGCGCAAUGCUGCCUGCGAGCGGAACCAAGCCUGCCUGCCGUUUAGCUGAGACGGCUACAUUCUUGCAGUUGGUUCCAUAUGGUUGAGAAGCGGCGCUUCAGGCUGAUUACAAAGAAAUAAUGGGUGUGUACAGGUAUCGGUAUUACGUCAGGCUAUUCGGUCUAGGGUGUUCAACGGAGCAGUACCGCCCGUCUAGACUGCGGGCCCUUUAAUCAAACUUGCUGCAGAUUGCUGGCGCAAGGUUGGUAAGGGGGUGGUCUCG